GGAUAUUCAAGCCGAGGCACUGGUUGAGGAGUCUGGACCAGAUUUGGGUUUGAUCAUACCACGCAUGGAGUUCCUUCCCAGAUUAUUCAAAGAGACUUUCUGCUGCUUUAAAGAAAAAUGGGGACAGAGCAACAAUGAAUCAGGACAUUAACUCCAGAAUUUUGGAAAACUGCUGGUUGAAGAGUGAUACGCUAAGAGGUUAUUGUAAACACUUUGUGACUUUUUCUAAAUUGAGGCGGAAAUAUUAUUUUCUCAGUAAGAUCAGUGGUCUGUUUCAGUUGGAAACUACACUGGUCUAGAGAUGACUGCAGCCCUGCAUACUGGACUCAUACUCUUCUCAUUUGUGGUGGUAUGUGAGAGUGAGCCAACACAUGCUGGACCAGACAAAGUGGGGGAGGCACAUGGGAAAUCAAGACUAGUCCAUCUAACUUCUCACUGGGCCUUCCAACUAGCUAAUGACUCACUGGCCUUCUCCAGGGCCGACAGAUUCUGCAGAGGCCAGUUCAGCUCCCUUGCCACCCUUGAACGGUCCGAGGACCAGGAGGGAGUCCUGGAGCUGCUCCGGCAGACUGGACAUCGUUCACCUAUCUGGGUCAGGGAUCCCAGCAAAGCAACCUCUAGGGCUGUGGCCCUCUCCAAACAAUACGUACAGUUCUCAGCUCUAAACUUCCCAAAGGAAUCCCGUGAGGGCUUUGCUCGUGUCAACGUGUCCUUUCCCACACUGUCGUCCGUCAGUGUGUGUGUUCGAGUUCAGUGGAACCCAGAGUGGAAUGAGGUGUCCACCAUCUUCUCCUACGCUGCACCUGUCUUUACCAAUGAGUUCCAGCUAAGAGGCCAAGUGGAUGUGCAGGGACGCAUCCUCCUUGCGCUCAUCAUCCAUGGGAAGCAUCUGCCGUAUAAGGCAUCCUUCCACAACGAUGGCGCCUGGCAUCACAUAUGUGUCACAUGGCUCCGGAGCAGUGGCCACUGGGCUAUCUAUGUGGAUGGGGACAGAAAGGACAUGGGCUCAGGCACAGACUCUUCCAGGAAUAUCUAUGGGGAUGGUAUAUUUAUACUGGGUCAAGACCAAGAUUCAUUUGGAGGGAAUUUCACAGAGCCUUUUUUUGGAAAUAUCACUGACCUUAAUGUUUGGAAUAUGUCUCUGGAAACAAGGCAUGUCCAUGCUCUCAACGCAUGUUCACCCAUAACCCAGGAGGUGCUCUUCAGUUGGAAUCUUGCCGACCUAAGCAGCCACCCAAUGGUCAAAGAGGUCCAGGUUCUUCUUUUUUGCCCUGCAGUGCACCAGCAGAUGGAGCUGCAGGGCUGCAGGACGCUGCAGGGCUGGUCCGAUCAGCUGCCUCUGCUGGGCUUGACAGACUGCUCUGAUCCACUGUUGUUCAUCUGCAGGAGCAGAAGAGAGCGGUACCUGAAGAUGAAGCAGAUGACUGAUUCUCAGAACUCCCAGCCCACGGCCUUUAUGAACCAUCUGAUGAAGCUUUCCAACAAAACCCAGGCAGUGCUGGGCCAGCAGCCGUCGGGGCUGAGCAGCCAGGCCGAGGCCUCUGCCCUGCUUGACAUCUCUGCCCAGGCCCUGGAGGACACACAGCAGGAGGGACUGCAGCCAACAGACAUGGUGUCCAUCAUCCAGCUGCUGUCUCUGGCUGCUGACGUUCCUGCUCAGCCACUCACCGAAGCCAGCAACCACAGCCGGGACCCGGUCCAGGAGCUCAGCCGGCACUUCAUCAGUGUGGCUGACAGCAUCAUCAGUGAAGACAACGCCCUGAAGUGGCAGGCCAUCAAAGAGGUGGUGAGCGGCCCCAUGGACGUGGUCCAGAGUAUUGACCGGAUGCUGACCAGCCUGGGCCCUCGCUUGAUGGCAGAGACUGACCACCUGAUCAUUCUCAGACCUAACAUCAAAGUGGAGGUGCAGCAGCAGAGGCUGCAGGAAGCAUCCAGAGGAGUUAGCUUCUGUGGGCCGGAGACAGAGAAGCACACCAAACUCGACUGCAUCUCAGUCCCACAGCAGAAGAUACAGGAUCUCCAUAGCAACGGCUUCCUCCAGCUCACAUUGGUCAACACGUGGUACGGCUCUCUGUGGCCGCUGUUCAAUCCGGAGGAGAACAUCACCAUGGUCCCCACCGUCACUGAUGGCAGUCAGAGGUAUCUGGGCACCGUCCUGGGCUCUUCUGUCAUAUCCACCACAGUGAUGGGAGACAACCAGCCGGUUAGCACAGCAGUUCGCUUCCAACUCCAGCACAGAGUACAGAAUCCCACUGGUACUGUGUAUGAUCCAGUGUGCGCCUUCUGGGAUUUUGAUCUCACUCCGGAGGCUGGUGGGUGGUGGAAUACCAAAGGCUGCGAUGUAGUGUCUAAACAAUAUGGAUACACUGUGUGCUCCUGCAACCACACCACCAAUUUUGCAUUGCUGCUGCAGGUUUAUGAAGCCCAGAGGAGCCCAGAGAAUGAAAAAGCUCUGCAGGUGCUGACGUUCAUCGGUUGUGGAGUGUCUCUGUGUGGCCUCCUCUUCACCUUCAUCCUCUUCAUCGCUGUGGGUGUCCCCAAAUCCGACCGCACUACUGUCCAUAAGAACCUGAUUGUGUCUCUGGGCAUUGCUGAGCUGCUGCUGAUGUGCAGUGACUGGGCGUCGGCCAAUGAGGCAGCAUGCUUCGUGGUGACUGCACUUCUCCACCUCUUCUUCAUGGCCUCUUUCUCCUGGAUGCUGGUGGAGGGCCUGCUGCUGUGGAGCAAAGUGGUGUCAGUCAACAUCAGCGAGGACCGCAGGAUGAAGCUCUACUACAUCAUUGGCUGGGGACUUCCUGUUCUAAUAGUUGGUGUAACACUGACAGUAGCAGUGGACGAGUACAAGGCAGAUGAUCACUGCUGGCUCAAUGUGCACACGGACACCAUCUGGGCCUUUGUGGGGCCUGUGGUGUUUGUCCUGGUGGUCAAUACAGUCGUGCUGUGUCGGGUUGUCAUGGUGACUGUUUCCAGUGCUCGUCGUCGCUCGAAGAUGCUCAGUCCAAGCUCAGCGUCAAAGAUGCAGACCUUUGACCUCACCUGGGCUGUGACCCGUCCAGUUCUCAUCCUGCUGCCAGUGCUGGGUUUGACCUGGCUGUGUGGCGUGCUGGUCCAUCUGUCGGUAGUCGUCGCCUAUGUCUUCAUCGCUCUCAAUGCACUCCAGGGCCUGUAUAUCUUCUUCGUGUAUGCUGUUUACAACAGUGAGGUGAGGAAUGCCAUAAAGAGGAUCAAAGAAAAGAGAAAGGCCUUAUCUUUCACGAACUGUUCUCAGCCAACUAGCUUCCUACCUUCCCAGAGGGCCCCGAUUACCUCCUGGGGCCGCAGUCCACCGACUCCCUCCAGCCCUGAAACUAGUGAAACUUCUGGACCCCCCAGCUCCACCUACACAUCGUUGGUCAUCAAGAAUGAGAGCUUCAGAAAGGAAAGCUUUGUGAGUUUCUCUUUAAAACCAGCAUCAGGAAACCAAGUGGUCCAGCUGACAGGGUUCAAGCCAUCAGGUUGUUGAACUGCAAAUGGAGUGGAUCCUGAUACUCGGUAACAGCGAGCAUGCUCCACGCUGGACACACAUAUAGAUCCCGUCUGAGGAAGUGCCCUGUCCGUGCCCCCCCCCCCACACACACACACACACUCGCUGCUGGGAGGAAGUGUGUGACUAAAGUAACCAUGGAGGCUGGAUGAAGAAACUCCAACGUCUCUCCCGUUCUGCUCUCUGAUCAGAUCACUAUUCUCUAAACUACUCACUGUUUGUUGUAUAUUGUAUGUUUUUGAUCAACAAAAUUACAAAUGGACAGGAUUUGGAUGACAUCACUGACUCACUGGCCGCCAUAUUAGAUAAUGAGUCUUCAGAGUCUUGAGUCCUCAAAUACAAUAGACAUGUGUGUGGGAUUCGUCAUAUAAGAAAACAUCAAUAUCUCUUUCAGAAAGUAACAAGUCGGUCUGAUCAAGAUCCUUUGUAUCGCUUUGCUGCCAGGUAGUAUUGUAACUGGUGACCUGAUCUGAGUCUUGGUUUUGAAAAACAAAAACAAGACGUGGCACCGAACUUUAGAGGGAGAGCUUACCCAACUCAGUUUAUGGGUACAGAUUUUAUUCUUUUGUGGUGCUCCUAGCCUCACAAGAUAUUGUUUCAAAACAGCAACAUGCCUUUUCAGAAGAAAAGUAGUGGUUACUGUUUCAUGAAAACUGUAGGCAGUUGUUUCUGUAAAUCUUUCUGUGUAAUCAAGAAAUCAUAGACUGUACUUUUGUAGAGCUAUUGUAGUCUUCCGAUGCUUUUACACUACUUGUGAUCAUCCACAUAUUCAUACCCAUUCAUACAGGGGCUACCAUGCAAGGUGCCACCUGUCUAUCCGGACUCUAACCAUUCAUACCUUCAUUCAUACACUGAUGGUGAUUCAUACACGGGAGCAAUUUGGUUAAGUGUCUUGCCCAAGGACACAUUGACAUGGGCUCGCGGAGCCGGGGAUCAAACCGUCGAUCCUCUGAUUGAAGAACAACCCUGCUCUACCACUGAGUCACAGUCGCUCUGAAAGAAGUGUUGCUGACGUUGUUUUUAACAUGAAGGACAUUAUUUUCAUCUGCAUUUUAGUGGGUGGAGACAGAAAUCUCACCACACAGCAACAAUAUCGGUGUUUUAUGUUUGGGCUUCAUUCUCACUCUAAAUUCCUAAUGUUUCCUGUAUGUUACUCGACAGUUCAGUAGUAGUUCAAGCCGACCGCAAACAGCAAAGGCCUGUGGCCUCUAAUAUUGUGAAUCGUGACAUGUUGCCUAUAGUUACUAAACAUCUUUUCCGCAUGGACAAGCAAGCAUGAUAAUGCCUUUCUGUAUUGUGUGUUUACAGUCUUAGGGUUGCAAAUAGGUGAUGACAGAGCAUUCAAUAAGACCUCAACAGGCAUGAUGCUGUGAGGGUCAGAGAUAUUCUGACUGGAGAUCUGCAGCAUCUUCUCAAACUGCAGAAUUGUCUUGUUACUCCCUUGUUCUGUGUAUUAAGAGCAGCAGCCAUUUGAACUCUCCUACAGCAGGAUGCACUGUAAGCUAAAGGCUCAAACUGUUACAACAUGCUGAAUGUCUGUGACUCCAACCCAGUCACCAGACAAAAUACAAACCUCGUGAUACGUUAAGUGUGGACACAUAAAUGACUCUUUGGACAGUCGCUUACUGCAAGAACGUCCACUUUCAACCAAUGCACGGUUUGCAGAAGCGGGCUGGUGACUCUGUUGGGCUUGUACUGUAGAGAGCCUGACCUACCAGGAAUCAUGUUGUAGUUACUGAUGUAUAUCUUGAAAUAAGAAUCACAAUUCUUGGUCUUUGUUGCUGUUUUCGCUGUAAUGAGUUCUCUCUGUUGUGGUGUGAGGUAGUGACGUUUCUUUUGCUGGAAGAAGGCAGACUUUCAAAUGUGUGCUGUAGACGAUAAUCUGCAUCUUUCAUUAUGAUUGCAGUUAAUCUUAAUAAAAUAAAUAUAGUACUAACUCCUCAAAAGACGACAACAGUGCUUGCAGCGGGGCUACAGACGUGUAGCCCACUUGGCAUCACAUUUAAACUAUUGCCAAAAGCUUUGGGCAUGUGUUGUGUACUUUUUCCUUCACGUUGUCAGUGUGGGUCCAUCCUCACGCAGCAUCCCCUUGAGCAGGGGACAAUUAAAAUAGCAUUUAAAAACCUUCAGUAACCUUUAAUUGUAGAGUAAUGAUAUAUAACAGCAGCAACCAAGGAUAAUCCACUACAUUAAUCCAGAAUCAUAUUAAUUUACAAAUGACUCAGUACUACUAAAGACAGACUUUUUUGCUGCCAGCAAGUGGGACUUUGACCCAGGUGACCCCUCGUCUCGAGUUGUCAGACAUAGUUGAGUAUUCUUCAACCUGAUCUUCUACACGGAGACAUUUGAAAAAUAAAUGAAUUUCCCUCCAAAGAGUUUCGUUGCACCGGAAAAUGUAAUCAGUUCAUAAAAUAUGAAGAAUUAAUCAUAGCAUAAAAAAACAUUUUAUACUGUAGAGAUGUCACAGUCUCAAGACUGACGUCUAUUUGAAGAGACAUUAAAUGAUUAAGUUCCAGUAUUUGUUUGUAAAACUGAUGUUUAAUGUUUCAUAACUGAUUAUGUGUCUGUGUUAUAAGUCGGACGAGGCUAAACAACAGCCACACUAUGACUGAUGUGAUCAAACUUCUAUUUAUAAUCUCUGUAUCAUUUGUGCACAACUGAUGAAUGUUGUGAAAUAAUAGCCGACACACAAGUGGAGCUUUACUUCACUGAAAUUUAUUGGUUUGAUGCUAUUACAAUAAAAUGUAUUG